CUAGGAUUCUGAAGACUGGCCUCUUUUCUCUGGGAACCAAAAAAAUGUCUUCUCAAAACUGUUCUAGUUCUCUGUUACUGAAAGAAAUAUUCGAAAACGGAUUUCUGAUUGGUGCUUCUGGUUGCAGCAUCUCUCCGAGUAGCAACUGUUUCCUAGAAAUGAGCAGCAUCCCCAAGCCUGAUGCAUGCGACAGUGCAAGCAAGAUGCAGAAUGUGACAAAGGGAAGCUCUCUAGCUCUAAAGGCAACAGACUCCUUCAUGAGCAGCACAAAGGAAAACCUGCAGGCCUCACCGGAUGCUCUUGCAUCUUUCUGCAAGACUCCCAUCCAGCCAUGCGCCUUUGACUUGUCAAGCUUGAGCGCUGCAAAUGACAGCAAAACCAAUUACACAGAGGGUGUGUUCCAUGAUACCAAAUCUUCUACUCCAUGCAGGGAAGAUAAGCCCUCUAAACUGACAACUGAGAAUAUGUCGAAGAGCUCUGAAAUAAAUGAUGUUGCAGUCUUCAAGAAGCCGCCGCCGCCGCCGCCAGUAUUGGAGAUCUCUGGAAUACAAGCCACUCUGGACAAUGUACUUUCUCCAGAAGCAAGCUUAGAAGAAUUUGGGUCCUUGAGCUCUGUGAAGCUUGAUACGCCAUCUCUGGAGAUGUCAAACCUUGCCAUGCCUCUGGGUGGUGGUAGUGCCGUGUCUGUUACUAUUACAAGACACUAGACUCCUGCACUUGGACCUGAUGGUUCAUUGGUUGGGCAAAAGCUCCAGGUGGUUUGCACCAUCCAGCCGUCUUGCUAUGUUUCUUGCAUUCUCUUUCCCAGGUAACAAGUGAAGCAUAAAUGCAAAUGAAGAACUGGUCACAUAAGGCACUCGUGCCACGUGGACAAAGGCAUGAAACCAUCCGAUAAGGAAGCACUUGGACAACUCUGUCCUUCUCUUUCUGAAGGUAACUCAGAGGCCUGUGAGGUCAACCCUAACUGGUAGCUGAACAGGCAUACUUCAGAGCUGAACAAGAUAUAGUGGGAUGUUUUACAAGGCAUCUGUUGCUUAGAGCACAUUCUGUUGCCACAUUCAGAAUAUUGGCAUUAUUGUCUAUUGUUGCAGAGACCCCCACAAUGCAACUCGUGUGAUGGACUGAAAUGGAAGAUGCGACCUACAGGUAGUAAUCUGUGUUAAAAUGCUGGUACACUGAAAGAUCAAAAAGGGGAGGGGGUUCCUUCAUUUAACUGUUGCAUCAAAGAACUACUUGUAUUCUUUAAUGUCAGAUUUGUGCACAUUGUGUUUUUGUAUAAAUGCAAAUAAAGAGACUAAUUCUCUCUCUUGCGAUGCAA